ACAUACAAAACGGAAGCAGAAGAAGAUUGAUUAACAUUGCCACCAAGAAGUAGCCAAUAUAUUUAUUAGUAUAUCAGAAAGAUGAAGUUUUCUCUUGUCGUGAAUCUGUCCUGUUGUAGGUAGACAAUUUCAUAGACUCAAAAUCAAUUAUGUUAGACAGAAGCUCAAAUUACAAUGCAUGCAUCACACAGCAUGAACUAGUUUAUUCUCAAGAUAUGCCACUUUUCAAGAAUCCAUGUGAUUCCCAACUCACAAGUAAACAAUUGAGGGAUGAGUUGGAACCAUGAUGCGUAAUGGUUAAGAUGCUGAGAUCCAAAUCAAGAUGAUAUAAUUGCAUACUCAUUAGGUGACAUUGGAGGAAAAAAAAAAUCCUUUUGUCUCCCUUAUUCUGUUUCUUCAUUUGCUAUAUAUAAUACAAAUGCCUACCACAACAAGCAGCAAACAAACUCUCUGAGAAGAAAAAAUGGCAGUGAUUGAAAAGAAAACACAAAACUCUCUACAUCUUCGCAGCAACAGCUUGCCCUCUGCAGCUCACCCUUUUGCAUCACAAUUUGAGGAUCAUUUGAGAAGAUUGAGUGGUUCUGAAGCCACUUCUUCAUUGUCAUCAUCUUCAGUGAGCCACAAACUCAACGAGAUGCUGGAUUUGCAAGAUUACACUGAUAAGUUGCUUCAAUUGCCAACUGAACAGCAAGUUUUAGCACGGGAGUGCAAUGAAAAAUGGGUGGAUUUCCUACUAGAAGGGUCUCUUAGGCUCUUAGAUAUCUGUGGUGAAGCUAAAGAUUGUCUUCAGCAAUCAAAGGAAAGCAUGUGCGACUUAAUGUCAGUCAUCAGAAGAAAGAAAGGCAAUGAAACCGGAUUCGCGGUUGAAAGUGUGAAAUACUUAUCUGUGAGGAAGAAGAUCAAGAAGCAAAUCCAAAAGGCCCUGAAAAAUUUGAAGCACAAGGACAACAACACUUCACCUAUGCUCAGUUUCUUAAAUGAAGCAGAAGCAAUCACCAUGAGCUCAUUAGAAAGUGUGUUACUUUUUAUCUCUGCUCCAAAAGAACAUAGCAGAUGGUCAGCAAUCUCCAAGUUGGUGCAACCCAAGAGAGUUAUUUGUGACUCUCAAGAAUCAACCAUAAAUGAAUUUGAAAAGGUGGAUGCAGCUUUGCAGUGUCUCAUCAGUCACAAACCUUCAUCUGUUGAGAAUUUUCAAAGUCAUGUGGAAAAUUUGGAGCUGUGCAUCCAAGAUCUGGAGAUAGGAGUUGAUCACCUCUCAAGAAAAUUAAUUAGAAACAGGGUUUCCCUUCUCAACAUCUUCAACCACUAAUCAUAGCAUCUAUAUGAUUUUUGUGCACUCAAUUUUCCCCCAUGAGUGUCACAAACUGUACAUGAAUGUGAUAUAAUCUGUUUAUAAUUUUACUGAAUACAUAUUA